GUGCACCCGGCUGCUCCGAGGGUCCCGGAUGCCAGGCGGGCUCAGACCCUCCUGCCGGCUGAUGGCCGCCGAGAUGGGAGCUUGGGCCCUGCUGCUCCCACUGCUCAUGACGCUGGCUCAGGCCCAGGUCUGCUCUGUAAACAACUCCAACUUCGAAAUCAAGGAGAACACGAAUCUCAGCCAGCCCCUGGUCGACAUCUAUAUCCCUGAGGGCCAGCAGGUGACCCUUGGACCCUCGUCCACCACCUUGGCAUUUCGGAUCCAGGGGACCCAGCUGUUUCUUAACGUCACUCCUGACUAUGAGGAGGCCACCUUGCUGCAGGCACAUCUGGAGUGCAGGAGAGGUGAUGUGGUGGUCACCCAGCUGAGGGUGUUUGUGUUCGUGCUGGACGUCAACGACAACCCGCCCAUGUUCCCCUUUGCGACCAAGGUCAAGGAGGUGCCGGAAGACACUAAAGUGAAUGCCAUCGUCAUCCCUGAGACGGAACUGCAGGCCAAGGAUCUUGACAAAGGCGACAUUUUGUUCUACUCCCUCCAGGAAGUGACCCCGGGCGCCAGCAGCCUCUUCUCCUUGGUGGGUGUGAACCACCCCGCCCUGCGGCUGGACCAGCCCCUGGACUUCUACAAGUGGCAGAACGUGACCUUCCAGCUGCUGGUGCGGGACACACAGGAGGAGGGUGUGGAGCCCAGCCACACGGCCACAGCCACCUUGGUCCUGGAGGUGCAGCCUGCCGACCUGCGGCCCCCCUGGUUCCUGCCCUGUGCCUACGCAGAUUCUGAAGUUUGCGUCCAAGCCCAGUACCACGGGGCUGUCCCCACCGGCCACCGACUGCCGGCCCCCCUCACCCUGCGCCCUGGGCCCAUCUAUGCUGUGGACGGGGACCGGGGCAUUGGCCAGCACAUCACCUACAGUAUCAUGGAGGGACAAAAUGAUGGCACGUUCAGCAUCGAUUCUGACUCUGGCAACCUCACCAUGACCAGAAGUGUCCCCAGCCCCAAGACCUUCCUUCUGCUGGUCAAGGGUGACCAGAUGGACCAUGCCCGCUACUCAGUGACCCAGGUCACGAUGGUGGCCCGAGAUGCCAACGGGAGCCUGCCCCACUUCUCCCAGAGCCUGUACCAAGGCACUGUGGUGCUGGGCUCUGGCGUGGGUGUGCUGGUCAAGGAUGCUGCCGACCCCUCCCAGCCUCUGAGGGUCUGGGCCCAGGACCCUGAAUUCCCGGACCUCAACUCAGCCAUCAUCUAUCGAGUCACCAACAAUACCUACUUCCAGAUGGAUGGGGAGGCCAUGAAGACGGCCACCCCACUGGUGCAGGAGGGAGUCUUCUAUGCUGAGGUUGAGGCGAACAACACAGUGACUUCAGGGACAGCCUCCACAACGGUGAAGAUACAGGUCUCAGAGCAGAGGGAGACCACCCCCGCAGGGCCCCCAACUCCCCCAGAGGCUGGAGGAACCUGGCCCACAAGCAGCACCACUCCGGAAGCCCCGAGGCCCCCAGGGCCCUCUCAGAGACCCUCCACGACCACCUCUGGGGGGGGCAGCGGCCCGUACCCUCCCUCAGGCACAACUCUGAGGACUCCUGCCUCAUCCAAACCUGGGGGGCCCCCCAGUGCGGGAACCAGCACCUCCCCCACACCAGCAUCACCCAGUGGGAGCUCAACACAGACCCUGAAGCCAGGAACCUUUCAGCCAUCGCCCCCUGAGCCCAGCAGGACCCCCACACCCUCAGGGGUGCCUGGGACCAGCACUGCAGGGCAAGGCGAUCCGGGAGGCAGCCCUGCUGGGGACAAGCGCUUCUCCGUGGUGGAGAUGGGGGUCCUGGGCGGGGUGCUGGGCGCACUGCUGCUUCUGGCUCUGAUCGCCCUCACGGUCCUCGUCCACAAGCACUACAGCCACCGACUCAAGUGCUGCUCUGGCAAAGCCCUGGAGCCCCAGACCCGCGGCUUUGACAACCAGGCCUUCCUAGCCCACCAGGAGGCCAACUGGGCUCCGGCCCCUAGCCCCCCACCCGGCCCCACCCAGGCCCCGCCCGCGGACCCCGCGCCUCCCUCGCCCCCCGGCUCGGUGCGCCCAGGCCCUCCCCUCGAGUGCCCUGGGGCGGCCCGGGAUGCGGACGGCCCGGCCGCCGUGAGGUCCAUCCUGACCAAGGAGCGGCGGCCCGAGGGCGGCUACAAGGCCGUGUGGUUCGGCGAGGACAUCGGGGCCGAGGCCGACGUGGUGGUCCUCAACGCGCCCGGCUCGGACGCACACGGCGCCGGCGACUCCGGCAGCGACAGCAGCCACGAGGACGAGGACGCUGAUGGGCGCCGCGGCGGGGAUGCCCUGGACGACGCCCUGGGCGCGGGCUCCACCUACGUCUAGCGCGGCUCCCCGCCUCCCCACGGCGGCCGGGUCUGCUGAGAGUCGCUGGGCUGCGGACCCCCAACUCCUCUGUGCAGAAUAAAGCGGCCCUUCGGAACCCC